AUGUUGGCGCUCCUCCGGCCAGCUCUUUGGUUUGGAGGCUGCCUUCGCGGCUAUCACAUGCCAGUUGCCACUCCGCUGCAGCAGGGCGACACGUCCCUUGUUCUGGUGGACGAGGCGCGUCGCUUCAUCCAGGACUGCCUGAUGCGGGUUGGAGUUUCCCCGUCCAAGGUGCGCUGCAUCAGCGAGUUCCUGGUGGUGGCCGACUAUCGAGGGAACUUCGGCAACGGGAUCAAUCGUCUGGAUCUCUACCUCAGCGAUCUGCAAAAAGGCCACGCCAAGGCGAAUGCAGAGCCUUCGAUAAUCAGCGAGACGCUGGCGACUGCCCAUGUCAAUGGGAACUCAGCCCUGGGCGUCGUAGUGGGAAACUUUUGCAUGGAUCUGGCGGUGAAGAAGGCUCAGAGUGCGGGAAUCGGUUUCGUGGUGGCCCAGCAGUCGCAUCACUUCGGAAUGGCCAGCUGGUAUGCUUUUCGUGCCGUUGCCCAUGGACUUGCCGGACUAGUGAUGUCCAACUCGGCUCCAACAAUGAUGGCUCCCAACUCCAAGUCGGCCACGAUCGGGGCAAAUUGCUUGUCCUUCUGCGUGAAGGGGAGAGAUCACCACUUUGUGCUGGAUAUGGCGACUAGCGUAAAGGACAUCGGAGCAGUGGAGUGGGCUUGGAACAACGAUGAAUACAUUCCCCAUGGCUGGGCGGCCAAUGAGAGAGGCCUCUCCACCUGCCUUCCCAAUGUGGCGCUAAGGUCCCCACUGCUCUUCCCGGCCGGAGGUCACAAAGGCUACUGCCUGUCUGCCGUGAUUGAUCUUCUGUGCGGAGUGCUCUCCGGCGCCCAAUAUGCAACCCACAUUCCACUGGAUCAAAACCAACCCUCCAAUCUUGGACAAGUGUUUAUCGCCCUCGAUCCUGGGUUCUUUUUGCCCGACUUCGUGGAGAGACUGGAUGACUUUUGUGGCUGCAUUCAAAACAGCCAGCAGGCGGAUGAGUCUGAGCCCAUUCGGCUACCUGGCGAGCUGGAGGGAAUGCAUAUGAAAUACGUGGAGGAUUUACGGGCCUUACCUUAUCCCAAUACUCUUCUGGAAAAGUACAAAACUGUGGCAGAUAGGCUUCACGUCAAGCCCAUGGAAUUGGCUUUCGAAAGGUGUCAGUCCAGGAAGAGCUUUUAGUCUUAUACUCGUAGAAAGUUAGGGGGAAUUAUAAUAAACCGCUGUUUCGCUUGGGGUGGUUCUCGCAAAGCUCCAUCUA